AUGGCAGUGCAGAACGAGCGGAUCGAAACCCUCAAAUACUAUUUGAGCUUGCGGGCCUACUUUCCGGUGAGCUUUGUACUCGACGACGUCAACCACGAGGAAACAACACUGUUGAGUGCUGCUGUUCAGCUGGGAAACAAAGAUCUGAUUAUGACGGUGAUCAAUAUCCUGGCUGACUCCGACGAGGUGACACCGGAUCAAAUGGCUGCCUAUUUUUCGCUGCAAGAUAUUUGGGGUCGUAGUGUUGCACACUACUUGUUUCAUGCGCCGUUCUUAAUUGAGUCAUAUGGCCCAAUGAUGCCUUGGCGGCAGCGGGACAAAAAAGGCCAGACGCCACUGUUCGCACUCUGCCGAUCAUACGAUCACGAAGCUUACUAUGAGAUGGUCAGCGAAGGAAUCCGGGUCACGACAGCGACACAGAGCGACAGUGGACGACUACAUGUUAGUGAGCAUGUCGAUGCGCGCGGUAACACCCUCUUGCACAUUGUCAACCAUACGCAGCUCGCAGCUCGUAUUCUGCAGCUUUGCGAUGUGGAUGUCAACGCAGUGAACGACAAAAUGUUCACGCCAUUGAUGGUGGCCAGCAAAUACGGACGGUUGCCCAUGGUUCAAACACUCUUCCGUGACCCACGUGUUGAUAUUGGCGCCAAAGAGCUACGCGGUCUAACGGCAGUGGAGCUGGCCAAGGAUGACGAAAUGCGGAAUAAGAUUGACGACCUGACGCUCUUAUCGAUGCCUUCGGGGCCAGACAUACGGACCACAGCGGUCGUCCGUUCUUAUUUCGUCGAGGAUGCAAGUGUGCGGUUCGUCGUCAAGUCAGGACAUGCUGUUUCGCCGGUCAGCUACGCGAUUCCCUCCAAGCCGAGUAGGGCCAUGUUGAAAGACUUACAGCUUCGUAUGGACUGGUUCUUGCGCAUGAUGAUCAUGCAUCCGACAUUUGCGCAGCACGAGAUGUUGUGGGAAUUCAUUCUUGUUCCUGAUAUCCAACCUGAUAUGAUGGCCCAGCGGAGCAGGCUCAAAGCAGAAACCCGCGCCGAAAAGGUGCGUGACGAGCUGGAACCACUGAACGACAUACGUGAGGUUGAACAGUUUGUGGACCACGCGCGCGAGCUGGUACGCGGGGUGAAUCAUUCGACCAAGAGCGUGAUGCGGCGGGCGAAUGCAGUCAGCAUAGCCUCCUCUGCCAUGGAGUGCUACGUGCGCGCACUUGCAGUUCCUCAGGCGAAUGCACACGUCCAAUUUCGAGCUGCCUUCCUAGCUAUCCAAUCGACAGUGGAGGCCAUACUCGUGGCCUUAGGCCGCCCACCCCGUCUCAUUCUCCAAAUCCAGGCGGCCCGCAAGCAAGCUGAACGGGAGUACCAGUCAAUGAACCGGUCUACGCGAUGGCCGUUGGGGCUUCUCGACGACGCGCGGCAGCGACUGAAAGAGGAGCGAGAAGAGCGGGCUCGUCAGAGCGAGGCCGCUAGCGAGGAUUUAUCGCGCGAGCUUCGGUCCUCGCAGCAAACUGUUGCUGCCGAGCUCGCAGGUUGGCAGGACAUGCACGAACGAAUUGGGCGACGAGCAAUCCGGGACCUGGCACGAGGCAUGCUCGUGCAAGAACAAGACCGUCUCGAGGCAAUGAAGCGUGCCCUACGAUGUGUCCAGCAACCGAUGGAGGUGCCUUCGGCGACUGCGUCUCGGGUUUGCUAG